AUGGAGUCCCCUGCACGCAGUGAUGAGCUCAGAGGAGAUAGCAUUAACGAUGCCAAUUCAAACGAGAAACGCCCACACACCGAUAAAGAGAAGACCGCGGAGUCAACGCAAGAUGAUCCUCCUGCCGCUCCUUUCUCGCCGAUGCACGAGGUUGCCUUUGUCUUUGUGAUUUGUAUGGCACAAUUCCUUUCUCUGGCUGGACUUGGGCAGUCAAUUGCACCUCUCAACAUUAUCGGACGGAGUUUUGGCGUCACAGAUCUACCGGAGCUCAGCUGGUAUCCUGCGGCGUUUUCUUUGACCGUGGGAACGUUCAUCCUUCCAGCAGGAAGGCUGGGAGAUAUGAAGGGUCACCGAAACCUCUUCAUGAUUGGCUUUGCCUGGUACGCCGUGGCAUCCGUCGUAGCCGGCGUAGCGGUCUACAGCGGCGAGAUCCUCUUCAGCAUCGCUCGCGCCUUUCAAGGGAUUGGAUGUGCACUGCUUGUGCCCAACGCUCUGGCACUUGUCGGCCGCUCAUACGGCGCAAGCCCGAAGAAGAACCUGAUCUUUGCACUCUUUGGCGCAGCAGCACCCACCGGCUCGGUCGUGGGGACCGUCUUCGGGUCCAUCUUCGCCCAGCUUGCCUGGUGGCCCUGGGCCUUCUUUGCUCUGGCCAUCGCUUGCAUCGCGAUGAUUUUUGCUGCGUGGGCCAUCAUUCCAGCCGACGAUGUGAAGCCCGCCACGUUCGAUGACUUCGACUUUCUCGGCACCCUUACAGGAGUUGGGGGCUUGGUGCUGUUCAACUUUGCGUGGAAUCAGGCUGCUGUUGUGGGGUGGUCCACUGUCUACACCUACGUUCUCCUCAUCGUCGGAAUCCUGCUCCUGGGCGCAUUUGCAUACGUGGAAAUCAAGAUCAGCAAGUACCCCUUGGUUCCGAUCCGCGGGUUCAAAGCCGAAGCAGCCCUGGCUCUGGGUGUUAUCGCAGUGGCCUGGGGAAGCUUCGGCAUCUGGCUCUUCUACCUGUUCAGGCUGAUUGAGGAUCUGCGUGGCUACUCUGCUCUCUCCGCGAGCGCGCAGAAUUCCCCCGUCGCCGUUUCGGGAGUUCUCGCAUCUUUGGCAACCGCCUGGCUGCUAUCGCGCGUCAAAGUCGCAUACGUGCUGCUGGCCGCAACGAUCUUCUUCCUCAUCGGCCAGACGCUCCUCGCAACCGCGCCGGUCGACCAAACAUACUGGGCGCAGACAUUUGUCUCCGUCAUCAUCAUGCCCUGGGGCAUGGAUAUGAGCUUUCCAAGCGGAAGUAUCCUCCUGAGCAACAAUACGCCAGGGCAUGAUCAGGGAAUCGCGGCUUCACUCAUGAAUACGACAGUCAACUACAGCAUCUCACUCGGUCUUGGUAUUGCGGGCACUAUCAUCCGAUACAUCGAAUCGUCGGGCGGUACUACCCUGGAGGGCUAUCGAGGUGCAUGGUACUUUGCUAUUGGACUGGAUUGCGUUGCCAUUGUCAUUGCUUUGUAUUUUGUGUUUAAGCAGCGAUAG